CACCAUGUACAUACCAUAACAUGUGUCACAGGAUGUGCUUUGCUACAUGUUUUUCCCAUUUUUUUUUUUUACAGCUUCCGUAACUUUCAAAGUUUUAAUCAAUUUAACUUGCUAUGAAAAUCAAGUGAAUAUGCGUUCUCGUGCACAGACAGAAAAGGUUUUAGUGUGUGUCAAAUCUCUAGACAUUCAAUUAAUCAUAUAACUUAUAGGUUCAAUAAAGCAAACCUUAAGAAUGUAAAAGAGUUUACCUAUGCGUGUAAUACACGCAUUUCUUAUAUCAUUGACUCCCUUCCACACAGAAAGCAAUACACUAUGACUUCAUAAAAUUCUAAUUCUAAUUCUAAAUUCUUGAUGAUUCCUACCAGUCAGUGGUAAGGCCACAGUUGUCCAGAAAAGCUGAAAGACUCACGCAGCCCAGCCAGGAGCCGCCAAAUUGUCGUAGAAAUUAGACAACACUCGCAGACCUCUGAAGUCCUCUGAAGCUAGCUACAAAUCUUUUUAGCUGGCAUGGAAAUCGUUGAAGCAACUUUUGUCACCUUCAUCAACCCCAACCAGUUCCCUGCCAAGUUGUGGCAUUUGGUGAACGAUCCGCAGAUUCGCUCAAUCUGGUGGGACGCCAGUGGGGAAGGAAUACUUAUCCAUCAGCAACCCUUCGAAGCUGAAGUGCUAUUGUCCCAACCCAGGCAUUUGUCUGAGUACUUCAGAACAACAGACUUUGUCAGUUUCAUUCGCCAGCUGAACCUCUACGGUUUCAGAAAAGAACGCAUAGACCGUGACGUCUCAGACAAGCAACCCAACAUCUCAUCCAUUAAGGCCCAGCUGCACCACUUUCACAACCCGUUCUUCAAACGGGAUAAGCCUGAGCUUCUAGUCAAACUAAAGCGACUCACGCCUCUCAACAAGGCCAAGCUCGCCGGGAGAGAGGUGACCAGCAGGAAAUCAAAACAUUUCCAUCAUAUGAUGCUGAAUUCGCCACAGGAAACCUCUGGCUUAAAGAAAACAGGUUCAGUCUUGCUUGGACAUCAGGGAACCCCUUACCACCUUCCCUGUAAUGGCCCUCAGCAGGAGAAGGACUGCGACAGAACGUCCAAAUCCUCCCAAGCAUUUGUAGUGGGCCAUGGUGAUCCUUCUCCAGUUACAUUAAACACUAACGACGCUGUGCCGGUCCCUGUGUCUCACCACUUCCCAGUGGACUCGUCGAGUGCACAUCCCUCCAGCGUCAUGCACAUGCAGCAGGGCGUCAAACCUCAUCACUCACAGCACGGGUUUCACACACCAGUUCAAUGUUUCCCACCCCCAGUGUAUCAGCGCUGUAGCCCAGACGUCUUGGAUUCAAAAGUGCCAUGCUUUCAACAGUCAGCUGCUGCCUACUCUCCUUGUGGCUAUUACCCUGUGAGAACUGAGAAACCUUUUUAAGUUCAUGUACUGUUCUGAACACUAACAAUGGCUAGUGUCGUUAUUUUAGCCAGUGUAGGCAUGUUAAGGUUUGAUGGUACAUGUUGCAGUAUGAAGGGAAUGCUGCGAGGUCAAACAGUUAAAAGUAAAACCUUGAUGUGUAAAUAAUAUUAAUAUUAAUGUUCCCACUCAUUCCUCAGGACCACUCAGUCAGAUACUCUCAUAAAUAUAAGCAAAGAAGGCUGUGAAAAAUUGUCUUUAUUGUUUAACCUUUUGAUCUUUUGUUCAGCCUUCUUUGCUCAUAUUUACCAAGGAUGCCAAUAUUAGUGGAGGGCACUGUAUGUGGUUUAAAUCUCAUGUUCUCAUAUCAAACUCAUCAGAAAUCAUAGCAAAUGCUAACUUUUAGCAUUUCUACCACAUACUGUUAAGACUUAUUGUUUUUAAUACUCAACUGUAGUGAUGCACCAAAAUCCCCCCCCCCCCCCCCAAAAAAAAAAAACAAACAAAAAAAACAACCUGUUUAUUUGCAUAAUUUAUGCAAUUUUGAUUUGACUUUCAGGAAAACUGAAUUCGGGUACGGAAAAACUCUGACACCAUAGCGUAACCAUAAAAUGUUUGCAGUGUAAAUCAGUGUGUAAAUCAAAGUUUAUUCCUUAUCUAUGCACCUGUUUUUAAAUAAUCAGCACAUGACUGAACAAAACUUCUUUUUUUUUGUCAUGAAUUUGCAAUCAGAAGUUUAUAGACUUGUUCGUGAGGUAAUGGAUUUGAGUUUAUGGGUGCAUCUCAAUCAGCUCCAUAGUUCAGUAGUCAGGACACUGAUCAGGGAGUGGACCAUUUGAAGGGCUGUCUCAACUGAGAAAUCCUACCAGUGUGCACUGGGACGUUCGCUCCCUAAAAAAUCCCACAAUGUACCACGAAAACCAAGGAGCAUAGAUGUUCACUAUUUUCCCAUACUGAAAAUGUUUUCAGAAGCCUCUCAGAUCGAACAAUGUGGCGGACGAGUUUAUAAGAGUAUCUUAAAACUAUGUGAGGCAUGAGGAUGUUUAACAUUCCAUAUCUCUCCUACUGUAUUUGAGCGUCUUUGGGGAUUUUUAAUAUUUUUUUUCUCCAACCCCCCGGUGUUUUUGUUUACUGAAGUAAGAUGCAAAGGUAACUAUAUUUAGAGUUCCAUGUUCAUCCCCUGUAACUCUUUGCUAUGUAGGUACUCCACUAAAGAGAUAAGCUUGCCGUGAUGGUUGUCACUGCAAGUCAGAUAGCUUUAAUAGACCUUUGGUGAAAAACGUUGCAUGCAGUAACGGCUCUUUCUUUAGAGAGUUACAGCUCUUGAUUGUAUGUUUUGUGUUUUUUCAUUGUUUCUUUCUGUAAUAAUAAUGAUGAUAAUGUAUCCGUGUAGUCCUGUACAUGCAAUACAAAGCACUUGGGUGAAUUCUAGCUUCUAACGAAUGACCUAAACCCCAACUUCCAGCACAUUUUAAUAUGUGCUCCAAGACAUCUCGUACAUCUUGCCAGUUAAUGAUCAGCUUUAAUACGUGUGAUCCUGUAGAGAUUUUUUCCAAUCACACCGGAAGCCACAAUCUUUUACAAAAAAAAAAAAACAUACACAUUUAUUUCAAAGCAUUGCAGUAAUUUAUCUUGAUGCCAGCUCUUGGAGCUCUCUGGAGGUAAAGAAGGACCUAUUAUUGGCAGCUUGGCCGCGUUCACGUGCCUUGCUAAUAUGGGAUGUCCACAUCUGUGCCCAAAUCAAUUUACCUCAUUUACCUCAGUUUACCUCAUCAAAGCUUUUAUUAUUUUGUUUUUUGCACUCUUUCAGACCCCUCUAUUUAUUCGUGUAUAAAUAAGAGUUUUGUUUUGAAUGCAAGGAGGAAGUGAAAUAGACAAAAAUGUUAUAAAUAAAACAUUUUGUUCAGUUCA